AUGUCGUCCAACAACACCUCGGCCAGUGUCUCCAUCGAUAAGUUCGAUGGGGACAACUACUCAACCUGGUGUCGCUACAUGCGCGGCGUGUUUCUGACGAAGUCAGUCUGGUACGUCGUGAACCGCGAAACGUCUCCAACCUUCACCGACACGCGAGCUUCCGACGAGUACGUCAAGGCGAGCAACAUCGCGUUCGGGUUGAUGUUGCUCCACAUGGACGCCGAAUACCACCAUGUGGUCGACAACUGUGAAGAAGCAUGGACAGCGUGGUUGCGGUUGAAGAUGCUCUAUGGUGGGUCGCAGAAGGCGGGACGCAUCUACCUCAAGCGCCAGCUGUUCAGCAUCAAGAUGGCGGAAGGUGCCAACGUCUUGCACCAUUGCAACGAAGUCUUGAACAUCGGCGCCAAGCUCAGCAGCAUCGGUGCCAAGAUGGAAGACGAAGACAUUGCGAUCUGCUUGCUGCUCAGUCUCCCGAAGAGUUUCGAGAACGUGGUUCUGAACUUGGAGAUGAGCAAUGCAGAGCUGCGCACGCAAGAUGUGGUCAAGGUGCUGACUAACGAGCACAUCAAGCGACAAGGCGAGAAGAUGACAACGGCAACGACAACGGUGAAGACUGAAGAUGCGACAAAGGCAUUCAGUACCGAGCGCAAGCCCUACCAAUGCACAUACUGCGGCAAGGUGGGGCACACGGCAGAGCGUUGCUGGACGAAGCAAAAGGAUGAAAGUCGAGGAGCCCAACGCGGCGGCAAUGGUCGUGGACGCGGGGCAAACAAUGUCCAGUGGCGACAUUAUGAUGAAGGCAACAGCUACGAUCGAGUGGCGUUUGCAGUUUCGUUCGAAUGCGGAGUUUCGACGAACAAGAAUGGACCAGGAAUGUGGGCCGUUGACAGCGGGGCAACACAUCACAUCUGCCACGACAAGUUCAAGUUUGCAAGCUUGGUCGAAGGCAAUGAUGGCGAGAUCCUGGUGGCUGAUGGCAACAAGGCGGCCAUCAAAGGUGUGGGGACCAUCGUGGAAAAGGUGAUUCUGCCAAACGGGGAAGAGCGCGAGAUCGAGAUCAAGAACGCGCUCUAUGUGCCCAGCAUGAGCAAAAAUCUGCUCUCGGUGCCGCAGAUUAACAAGCACGGCAACUUCCAAGUGGUGUUUGACGGGGAUACGAUGUACGUCGCUCGCAAGGAUUCCAAUCAAGUGGUGGCAGCUGCGGAUCUUGUAGACGGACUCUACUGGCUUCGCACGACGCAGCGAUCGGCCAAUGCGACAUCACUCAGCAACGCUGUUGAUCUACAUGCGCGAAUGGGCCAUGCUCCAGUCGACGUGCUUCGCAGGAUGGUGACAAGCCACAUGAUCAAGGACGCUCACAUCCCUUCCAAGCCGAAUGGAUCAAGUGUGUGUCGAGGAUGCCAAGAAGGGAAGAUGGUCCAAAAACCAUUCCCGAGCAACCGUGACAAGCGCACCUACAACACCUUCGAGAUGCUCCACUUCGACAUCUGCGGACCCAUGGAAGAAAAAUCUCUGGGUGGCAGCAAGUAUCUGCUGCUGAUCGUGGAUGAAGCCAGCGGAUGCAUGAAGGGUUUUUGUCUGCAUUCCAAGUCAGAGAGCGAAGAGUGCAUCAAGAAGUACAUCACGAUGAUACAGACGCAGUUCAACAAGAAGGUCAAAUUUGUGCGACACGAUGGAGCCCGCGAGUUUGCGACGAACUCGCUUCAAGAUUUCUACGAAGUCGAAGGCAUCGAGCAACAAACCACGGUGCCAUACGCACAUCAAGCCAAUGGAACUGCUGAACGCGCGAUUCGAACUAUCGUCACCAUCGGUCGUAGCAUGCUCCAUCAUGCCAAGUUGGACAAGUGCUUCUGGGCUGAAGCGGCAAUGACGGCCGUCUAUGUGAAGAACCGUUUGCCGUCACCCAAGAUUCCACACAAGACACCGUUCGAGAUUGUCUACAAUUCUAAGCCAAGUGUCAAGCACAUGCGCGUUUUUGGGUGCCAAGCAUACAUCUUGACCCCGAAGGAGAAACGACUCAAGUGGGAUCCCAAGGCCCGGGCUGGAUUGUUUUUGGGCUACGAAGAAGUGUCCAAGGCGUAUCGAGUUUACGACAUCGAAGCGGGGCAGGUGAUGAUAAAACCGCGUCCGAGACACUUCAAACAAACAGGAAAGCGCAAGGCCCAACCCAGUCACGACAAUGACGACGCAAGCAUGCCCCGAGCAGUGCGCCAACGACCCGGAUUGGAAGAGUCAAGUGCGCCGGAUGACCUCUCUUCACGUCGAGCCAACGAAGAUGAAGAAAGGAAGUCGGAGGAACAACAUGACACACGGACUUCCUCCGCGUUUUGGCAUGCGAGUGCAAACGCCGUCGAAGCAGCGGUCGAUUUUUCGGAGCCAUCGACAUUUGAAGAAGCAGUGUCUGGCCCGGACCAAGUACACUGGCGCAAGGCAAUUGAUGCGGAGCUCGAUUCGAUGAAGCUUCGCGGUGUCUUUCGUGCGGCCAAGUUACCCAACGGACAAAGCGCCAUUGGCACAAAGUGGGUCUUCAAGAUCAAGCGCAAGGCGGAUGGGUCGAUCGAGAAAUACAAGGCACGACUUGUGGCCAAGGGUUUUCGCCAAAAGUAUGGCAUCGACUACACGGAGACGUUCUCGCCCGUGGUCAAGUAUGUGACGCUGCGAAUGGUCAUCGCCAUUACCAAGCACUUUGGAUGGCCCCUCGACCAGCUCGAUGUGGUGACUGCGUUCCUGUUAGGAGUGAUGAAGGAGAAGGUGUUCUGCGCUGUUCCGGAAGGCGUCAAGAUGGAAGGUGAUUUCGACUGUCUCGAGCUGAUCAAGGCGAUCUACGGUCUCAAGCAAGCCUCGCGUGUUUGGAACGAGACCUUCGACGAGUUCAUACGCUCGAUUGGUUUUCAAGCGUCGGGAUUCGAUCCAUGUCUCUACAUCAUGACUUCGGAAGGCCAUUGUGUUUUUGUGCUGGUCUACGUGGACGAUGUCUUGGUGACUGGAAGCUCGCUCGAGAUGAUUGCGCGCACCAAGAACGACCUCAAGACACGCUUCGAGAUGACGGACAGCGGCAAGUGUGCCUUUGUUCUUGGGAUCGAGUUAUUGGACGGUGAAGAUGGCAGCGUGACUAUGUGUCAGCGCCGUUAUGUCGACGAUGUCCUCAAGCGCUUUGGAAUGGAUGAGUGCAAGGCUGUGGCAAGUCCGGUGGACGUCAGCUCUCGACUGGUUCCAAGCAACUCUGCAAGCAAGGUGGAUGUCCCAUUCCGUGAAGCAGUGGGUGCUUUGAUGCAUCUGACGACUGCAACGCGACCGGACAUCGCCUAUGCUGUAAGCUUUGUGUCACGGUUCAUGGAGAAACCCCAAGAAGAACACUGGGUUGCAGUCAAGCGCAUCUUCCGCUACCUACAAGGCACCAAGAUGCAUGGAAUCUGCUACAAGCCAAGUGCGAAGAUCGACUUUCGUGGCUAUUCAGAUGCAGACUGGGCCGGUGACCUUGCUGAUCGCAAAUCGACGUCCGGCUACGUCUUCAUGCUAUUGGGUGCUCCGGUGAGUUGGGGCAGCAAGAAACAGCCAAGUGUGUCACUGUCUACAAGCGAAGCGGAGUACAUCGCGCUCAGCCUGGCAAUCCAAGAAGGCAAGUGGAUCAAUCGCUUGCUGUGCGAGAUCAUGGCGGCUGCAAACGAAGAAGGACCCAAGCUCGUCAUCCGUGAAGACAACCAGUCGUGCAUCAAGAUGACGAAGAAUCCGGUCAACCACGGCCGCGCUAAACACAUCGACAUCAAGUACCAUCACAUCCGUGAUGAAGUCAAGCGCGGCGAAGUGAAGCUUGAAUACUGCGAGACGACGUUGAUGUUGGCGGACAUCAUGACGAAGGGACUUCACGGACCGCGUCACAAGGACUUGACGGCGGCGCUUGGCAUCCGUGCGUGUUCGGAUUGA